UCUUUCUUUCUAAAGAAGCUUGAGAAACCGGUAGUCCUCCCUCAUCUGCAAAAGUGCGAGUUUGAAAAUUCAUAUCGGCAAAAUUCAGGAAUAUAUCAACACAAUACUGAGAAAAUAAGCUUAGGUUUUUUUCAGAAAAGUUAAUAAAUAUGUCUCAAACAGAUUACAAAAUCGCCGAUAUCAGUUUAGCUGACUGGGGGAGAAAAGACAUUAUUUUGUCCGAAAAUGAGAUGCCCGGACUUAUCGCACUCCGUAAACAGUAUGGAGCUGCUAAACCCCUUACAGGAGCAAGGAUAGCUGGAUCCUUACAUAUGACCAUUCAAACCGCCGUCUUAAUCGAAACUUUGGUUGAAUUAGGGGCUGAAGUGAGAUGGUCUAGUUCAAACAUUUUUAGUACACAAGAUCAUGCGGCAGCAGCCUUAGUUAAAAGAGGGUUGGCGAUUUUCGCCUGGAAAGGAGAAACAGAAGAGGAAUACAAAUGGUGUCUCGAACAGACCAUCAAAUUUCCUGGUGGAAAAAGCUUCAAUAUGAUCCUGGAUGAUGGAGGCGACCUCACUUCCUUAAUUCACGAUAAAUAUCCUGAAUUAUUGGCAGAUUGUAGGGGAGUAACUGAAGAAACCACCACUGGAGUCCAUAAUCUGUAUCAAAUGUUAAAACAGAAUAGACUGAAAAUUCCAGCCUUCAAUGUCAACGACUCUGUUACAAAGAGUAAGUUUGACAAUCUUUAUGGUUGUCGCGAAUCUCUCAUAGAUGGUAUUAAGAGAGCCACAGACGUCAUGGUUGCCGGAAAAGUGGCCGUAGUCGCAGGUUAUGGCGAUGUUGGUAAAGGUUGCGCUCAGUCCCUUAGAGCCUUGGGCGCUAGAGUUAUAGUGACUGAAAUCGACCCUAUAUGUGCUUUGCAAGCCGCCAUGGAGGGUUACGAAGUCACCACAAUGGACGAAGCUAGCAAAGAGGGGCAGAUAUUCGUAACAACCACAGGAAACAAAGACAUAAUCACCGGUGAACACAUGCUGAACAUGAAAGAAGACAGCAUAGUGUGCAACAUAGGCCAUUUCGAUAUCGAGGUAGACGUGAAAUGGUUGGAAAAAAAUGCCGUUUCCAAAGUCAACAUCAAGCCUCAAGUAGACAGAUACUUGUUGAAAAACGGAAAACACAUAAUUUCCCUAUGCGAAGGUAGAUUGGUCAAUUUGGGAUGCGCCACCGGCCACGCCUCCUUCGUCAUGUCGAACUCUUUCACCAAUCAGGUGUUGGCCCAAAUCGAGUUGUGGACAAAGCCAGGAGAAUACCCCGUUGGUGUUUACCGUCUACCCAAGAGAUUAGACGAGGAGGUGGCAAGGCUGCAUUUGGACCAUCUGGGCGUUAAACUGACGAAACUCUCGCAGGAACAGGCUGAUUACAUGAGAGUCCCUGUCGAAGGACCAUACAAACCCGACCAUUACAGAUACUGAAUCUCUUAUCAACCGUUUGUGUAUGUUUUCAACGAUAAUUAUGAAGAAUAAAAAAAUUUUGAAGUAAAA